AUGCGGGGCGGCCCGGGGCUCGCGCUGCUCGGCGCGCUCCUGCCCUGGCUCUCGGGGGCCGCGGGCCCCCCCGCCCCGCGCCGCGACCCCCGCGACCCCGCCAGGGGCGCCGAUUUCGACCGCGUCUACGGCGGGGUGGUGAGCCUCAGCACCGAGAACAUCUACUCCUUCAACUACACCAGCCAGCCCGGCCAGGUGAAUGCUGUGCGAGUAUAUGUGAAUAGUUCCUCAGAGAACCUCGACUAUCCAGUCCUCGUCGUGGUUCGCCAGCAGAAAGGGGUGCUGUCCUGGCAGGUUCCUCUGCUCUUCCAAGGACUAUACCAGAGAAGUUACAACUACCAGGAAGUAAGCCGUACUUUGUGUCCCUCAGAAGCAACCAAUGAAACAGGACCUCUGGAGCAACUGAUAUUUGUGGAUGUAGCAUCCAUGGCACCACUGGGUGCCCAGUACAAACUGCUGGUUACCAAGAUCAAGCACUUCCAGCUACAGACAAAUGUUGCCUUUCACUUCACUGCCAGCCCCUCUCAACCUCAGUAUUUUCUAUACAAGUUUCCUGAUGAUGUGGAUUCGGUUAUUAUUAAAGUAGGGUCUGAAAUGGCUUAUCCGUGUUCUGUUGUCUCAGUCCAGAAUAUCAUGUGCCCAGUGUAUGACCUCGACCACAAUGUGGAAUUUAAUGGUGUCUAUCAGUCCAUGACCAAGAAAGCUGCCAUCACACUACAGAAGAAGGAUUUUCCAGGCGAGCAGUUCUUCGUGGUAUUUGUGAUAAAGCCUGAAGAUUAUGCCUGUGGAGGAUCUUUCUUUAUCCAGGGAAAGGAGAACCAAACUUGGAAUUUACAACGAACAAAGAACCUUAAAGUGACCAUUGUUCCUUCCAUUAAAGGAUCUGUUUAUGUAAAAUCCAUCCUUCUCAGUUCCCUCAUCUUCUUCUCCUUCUACUUGGGAUGCCUGCUUGUUGCGUUUGUUCAUUAUAUCAGGUUUCAAAGAAAAUCCAUCCGUGGAAGCUUUGGUUCCAGUGAUGGCUCUGGUAAUACGGCGGUAUCACGUCCCAUUGCUGCCAGCACCCCUGAAGGAAGCAAUUACGGGGCAAUAGAGGAAUCAAGCUCCAGCCCUGGCAGGCAGGUGUCCUCCUCCGACGGUGGGCACACGUGCCAGUCAGACACAGACAGCUCCGUGGAGGAGAGUGACUUCGACACCAUGCCAGACAUUGAGAGUGAUAAGAACGUCAUCCGGACCAAGAUGUUCCUUUACCUGUCAGAUCUGUCCAGGAAGGACCGGAGAAUUGUCAGCAAAAAAUAUAAGAUUUAUUUUUGGAACAUCAUCACCAUCGCUGUGUUUUAUGCACUGCCUGUGAUCCAGCUGGUCAUCACCUACCAGACAGUGGCGAAUGUCACUGGCAAUCAGGAUAUCUGCUACUACAACUUCCUCUGUGCUCACCCCUUGGGUGUCCUGAGUGCCUUCAACAACAUUCUCAGUAACCUGGGCCAUGUGCUCCUGGGCUUCCUUUUCCUGCUAAUAGUCUUGCGCCGGGACAUUCUCCAUCGCAGAGCCCUGGAAGCCAAGGACAUCUUUGCCAUGGAGUAUGGGAUUCCUAAACACUUUGGUGUUUUCUAUGCAAUGGGCAUCGCAUUGAUGAUGGAAGGAGUGCUCAGUGCGUGUUACCAUGUCUGCCCUAAUUACUCCAACUUCCAAUUCGACACCUCCUUCAUGUACAUGAUCGCGGGCCUGUGCAUGCUGAAGCUCUACCAAACCCGCCACCCUGACAUCAAUGCCAGCGCCUACUCGGCCUACGCCUCCUUCGCAGUGGUCAUCACACUCACCGUCCUCGGAGUGGUGUUUGGAAAAAAUGACCUGUGGUUCUGGGUCAUCUUCUCUGCAAUUCAUAUCCUGGCGUCUCUGGCCCUCAGCACCCAGAUCUACUACAUGGGUCGUUUCAAGAUAGACGUGUCUGAGACAGAUUUGGGGAUUUUUCGACGGGCCGCUCUGGUGUUCUACACGGACUUCGUGCAGCAGUGCAGCCGGCCGCUGUAUAUGGACAGGAUGGUGUUGCUCAUCGUGGGAAAUCUGGUUAACUGGUCCUUCGCCCUCUUUGGACUGAUCUAUCGGCCCAGGGACUUUGCUUCCUACAUGCUGGGGAUCUUCAUCUGUAACCUGCUGCUCUAUCUGGCCUUUUACAUCAUCAUGAAGCUUCGCAGCUCCGAGAAGCUCCUGCCCAUCCCGCUCUUCUGCAUCGUGGCCACUGCUGUGAUGUGGGCCGCCGCCCUGUACUUCUUCUUCCAGAAUCUCAGCACCUGGGAGGGAACCCCAGCAGAGUCCCGGGAGAAGAACCGGGAGUGUAUCCUGCUGGAUUUCUUUGAUGACCAUGACGUCUGGCACUUCCUCUCGGCCACUGCCCUGUUUUUCUCAUUCUUGGUUUUGUUAACCCUGGAUGAUGACCUGGAUGUGGUCCGGAGAGACCAGAUCCCUGUCUUCUGAGCCUCCAGCAUUCAGAGAGGGAGAGGGAGCAAUCAAUCUUGGUGCUGUUUCAUGAAAAUACGGGGGCUGCAGCAAAGUCACCACUGCCAAACGCUCCACUUGCCUCUGUCAAGUCAACUCUGCGUGCAUUCACCAGGGAGGAGUGGGGCUGGAGGGAGAUUCAAGCCUGCAGAAAGCGAGGCAGAGGGGAACCCGCGGGUAUGGACAGAGCAAGCCCUGAAGAGUCGAGAGAAACCCCCCCUUCCAUUUGCAGCCCUGAGCUAGAUGUGGACAAAAGCUGCAUCAACGUCAACUUGCUGUCUUGGGACCCCCACCCACCCACCCUCACCUGAGAUUUGCCAGCAAGGGCAGAGCGACGCUACACUCUUUGUCCAGCUGCCUCCAGGCCCAAAGAGGCCAGCAGCCCAGAUCUCCUGCCCAGACACCAGGUGGGCGACCCCUGCGCCCCACAACAUCUGCUGCUCUAGACAUCCCAGAGCACCAGCUCACUUCUCCGAGGUCCAGGGAUGACGGAGAUUGCUCAGAGUCUGGUGGACGGCUGAACCCAGCACCCUACCCAUCCGGGUUUAGUAGGACCAGCUAGUCACCUCCUUGGAAGGAAUGCCGGAUGUGUCCCCGCCCCCUAGGUUCCUGACCCCAUUAGAAGGGCUCAGGAUUGGGCUCUCUCUGUUAGGACACUUGUCCUAACAGGUAACUGUCUCUGGGACCAAGGCUUGGGUGCUUACCUACUUCUUAGUGUCUUCAUCUCACUGUGUGCUGACCCCACAUCUCAGGCUCUGCUUUCUUGGGAAGGCUGUCACCCCACCAGCUCCGAGGCUGAGGGGGAAACAGGAAAAACUCUUCUAGCAGCUGGAGGAGGGAGAUGACCAACGGGCCUAAGACACUGGUGACAUCAGCAUCAAGCAAACAGACCUCCCCCUCAGGACGUCAGCUCCUGGGGCAAAUCCAGCAAAGGCGAAAUCGCUUCCUCCUGCCUCCAAUGUCAAGAGCUCAAUUCUGUGCCCACAUCACCUGUGGGGAAGAAGUAAUUGCCCUAACCAGCAGCACUGCACUGGGGGGCCCUCUACCACCCACCAAGCCUCCUACCUGUCACUCUAUGCAGAUCAGGGGCUCCAGAUUUUCUCCCUGCAAAUUCUCUAGAAGUAACUCUCCAUAUGAACAUUUUACGCAUCCUCCAGUUGCAAAGAGCAGGACGGUUGAGGAUUAUCAGGUUGCACCUGAUUCUCAUUCUCUCCCCAGGAGGGUGUUGCAAAGCUCCACGUCCCACUUCACUCUCCCCUAAACAGCCCCAUUUCAACCAAGCACCCUUAUUACCUGGAGUAAGAUGUAAUCAGAAAAUAGACCUACGAAUGUGUACGCACAUAUACUUGCCUGUGAAACUGAAGUCACCUGUCACCUCUGCUUUCCUGAUCAUUCAUUAGAGAAAUGGAUUGAGCAUCCUUUAAAAAAAUUAUUCUUCUGUCUCUAAAAUAUUUGCAUAAUGCUCAAAAUCACAGUUUUGGAAGUUUGAAAAGUUUAAAAACACAGAGAUGCUUUUUUUUUUUUUUUCCCCACAGAGAUGCUUUUAAUGAAGCUUUUCAUGGUUUGGCUUUUUUCUUAAACGCCCCCAAAUUUAUAUUUGGCUUUCUGUUAUUCUUUAUUCCUCAAAAACUGUUGGCUUCCAUAGGCCAUCUGAAGGCCACCUAUUAAAUGGUUGUGUUAGUCUAACACCUAAAACAAUUUCAAAUCUAUUUAACUAUGGUUUAUUUGACCUUAUUCUUUUAUUUUUAAUGCACUGCUGGUUUCAAAUAUAAAAAAGAAAGAAAGAAAGAUACCCUAAGAAAAUAUGGACAAAGUCUGUUCAAGUGGCCCUGUGGUCCAAAGUGAAUAAAUUGUGAGAUGCGUUA